CAGCUAAAAAAUGAAUUUGACCUGUCAGUGAGUGCCAAGAACAGGAAAGCAAAGAAGCAGAUAGAGAAGUAUUGCACAAAGCAUGGAACAGAUCCCCAAAGCGACGCGGAUCCAAACUUGCGUAACUUAUAUGUUGUGGAGAAGUACAAAAUUGUCUAUUGCGCUGUCCCAAAGGUAGCAUGCACAGUCUGGAAGGGAAUAAUGGCAAAACUAGAAGGUCUUAACAUUUCAGAAGGGAUUCACAAGAACACUAAAGGAAAACUUAAAACCCUUAGCAAUUAUUCCGUGGGGGAACGCGAGACAAUUCUAAAGACAUAUAGGAAAUUCUUGUUUGUGAGGGAACCGUUUGAACGCCUACUUUCUGCCUAUAGAGAUUGCUUCUGGGGGAAAUAUAAGACAACACAAGAUUACUGGAAAGAUUACCAGGGAAAAAUAAAACAGGUUCUGAAGAGUCGAACUAGCUUUCCUAACGAAACAUACUCUGGAAAUGUAACGUUUGAACAAUUUGCAACCUAUUUGGUUCUUCGACGGAGAGAAGGUGGUUUGUUUCAAGAACACUGGCGGGAACAAUAUAAAUUGUGUCAUCCUUGUCUCAUACAAUUCGAUUACAUCGGACAUUAUGAAACACUGACUGAAGACGCGAUGUUUAUUCUACGAAAAACAAACUUGGAAAACAAGGUAAACUUUCCGGAAUGGCAACCAACAGACACUAGCGAGUUGAUGCAGAAGUACUAUUCUACGCUUUCUCUGCUCAGGAUAAGGCAACUACAGAGUAUU